AUGUCACCUGCAACUUCCCGUGGUCCCAAGACACCCGUUGAUCCCAAUGCGCCCGGUCCUAUGCUCCGUUACCAGAGCAACUUGCCCAAGUUGCCUGUUCCCAGACUUGAAUUGACCCUUCAAAGAUACCUUCAGUCCGUUCGCCCAUUACUGAGCGAUGAAGACUACCAUCGCACCGAACAAGCCGUCAGAGAAUUUGAAGCUCCCGGCGGUCUUGGCCAGCAAUUACAGCAACGUCUUGUCGCUCGUGCCAAAGAUCCUAAAAUCGUCAACUGGAUGGAAGAUUGGUGGUUGGAUCAGGCUUAUAUGGGCUAUCGCGAUCCUGUCGUUGUAUACGUCAGUUACUUCUUUGCCUUCAAGGAAGACAAGUUCCGCACGGUGCCUGCCAAGCGUGCUGCUGCUAUUACCACGGCUGCUUUAGAAUUCAAGCGUCAAGUGGUCGAGAACACUUUGGAGCCUGAAUAUGCCAAGGGUGAACCCUUAUGUAUGGAUUCGUACAAGUACAUGUUCAACAACUGCCGUAUUCCCAAGAAACCUUCCGAUGUCGCGGGUAUGUACGAUCCUUUCAAGAACACCCACAUCGUCGCUAUCCGCAAGAACAAGUUCUACAUUGUCGAGACGGUUCACAACGGUCAGCAGCUUUCCACCAAUGAAUUGGAACAACAAUUCCAGCAAGUCAUUGACAACGCUGGUCAUAUCCCUGCUCUUCCCAUUGGUGCUUUGACCGCCGAAAACCGUGAUAAAUGGACCGAAGACCGUGAAAUCUUGUUGGCAGCUCAUCCCGAGAACAAGGCGGUUUUGGAAAAGAUUGAAACGGCUUCUUUCGUUGUGUGUUUGGACGACAGCUCUCCCGUCGACCGUGAUCAACUUUCGCGUGCAUGCUGGCACGGUGACGGUCGUAACCGUUUCUUUGAUAAGCCUGUGCAAUUCAUUGUUUUUGAAAACGGCAAGGCCGGUUUCAUGGGUGAGCACUCUUGCAUGGAUGGUACUGCCACUUGCCGUUUGAACGAAUUCGUUUGCGAUGGCUUGAAUCGCAACAAGAUCAACCACGGUUCCGAACAGGUCCGUUCCGGUCUCCCGGCUCCUCAACAGCUCCAGUUCCAGGUGAACGACAAGGUGGAAAAGGCGGUGGCCGAGGCUGAACAGCACUUUGAUGAAUUGAUUGGCAAGUACGAUUUGACCGUCUUGGCAUAUCAAGCUUUUGGCAAGAACUUGAUCAAGAAGUUCAAGUGUUCGCCCGAUGCCUUUGCUCAAAUGGUGAUCCAGCUCGGUUAUUACAAGAUGUUUGGUGUGAGCCGUCCUACUUACGAAUCCGGUCAAACCCGCAAGUUCCAGCGCGGUCGUACCGAAACUUCCCGUACUGUGAGCAACGAAUCGGUGGCAUUUGUCAAGGCCAUGGAGAACCCCCGCUUGCCCAAUGAAGUCAAGGUGGCAGCUUUCCGCGCAGCCACCAAGUCUCAAGGUGCUUACAUGAGCGCAGCCGUCAACGCUCACGGUGUGGAUCGCCACUUGUUCGGUUUGAAGAACUGUUUGCGUCCCAACGAGCCCAAGCCUGCUCUGUUCACGGAUCCCGCUUUCGCUUACUCUCAACACUGGUUCUUGUCGACCUCUCAGUUGACUUCGGAACACUUUGCCGGUUACGGCUGGGGCCCUGUGGUGAGCGACGGUUUCGGUGUGGCUUACAUGAUCAAGAACGAGGCUUUGCAGUUCAACGUGGCUUGCCUCAAGGACCUUGUUGUUGGUGGCAAGACAUACAAGAACGCUGCUUAUCAUCUCAAGCAAUGCUUGGAAGAUGCCGCCAACGAAUUGAGAGACAUGUUGAUUGCUGAUAUGCCCGCUCAAGCUAAAUUGUAA